GGGUGAUGCGGCCGGGGAGGCGAGAUGGCGUCUUCCCAGAUUGCCGUCUUAUUUGUGUAGGUUUGUGAGCUGUUGGGGGGCAGCUGUGUUGUGCCGGCACUUUGUAAUUUCGCGGUUUCUGCAGCGCCGGAGUGAAGUUGGACUAUACUUUCCACAAACGGAGACCUCUGCGAACAAAAGCCUACAUUUAGUCUUUACUGAAUUUGGAUUGCAAUGACCCAGAUUUAAUAAUUAAUCUUGAAAUGCAGUUUGAAGAAAACAUUUACUUGAGAAUAUAUUGAACAGCCAAAAUGCUCUGCAGAAUCAGAAAACACGCAUGGCCAUACCUAGUUGCCCUUGUUUAGAGUGCAUUUAAGAUUCAACCAGAUUGCUGUGAGUCUGGAGUCACAUGUGGACCAGACCAGACCUUCUUGUAACAGACAGGUGACGUGAUGGAACUGGAGGAGAAUGCAGUACAGAGCAGCAGUGAUGCUGCUCCUUCAGGGCAGGAGGAACCUUCCGAGAGUGGCAUGGCAGUGGAGACAUCUGAGGCAGUAUCUGCAGACAGCAGCGACACAGUAACCACCCUUGGCAUGGCAUCUGAGGCAGACAACGGCUCAGCCGUUGACUCUGGUGUGGGCCAGAGCUCAGAACAAUCUAUGGAGGUGGUUCCAGAAACAAGUUCCAGCACUGAUGUUAUAACCAUCACACACCUUCCAGAUUCUUCCUCAGUUGCUCAGUCCACUAUUGUGUCCAGUGUCUCCACAGUUACACAGUCUAUCAUGGUGUCUGAAUCUGCCCAAGUAUUGGUUCACUCCAGUGUGGCACCAGAUGGUACCAUGAUUGUGUCGGACUCGACCGCUUCUACAUCCUCCGAUCUUGGAUCAGCUAUUGAUAAGAUUAUAGAAUCUACAAUUGGACCUGACAUUAUGCAAAGUUGUAUUGCUGUAACGAGUGCAGGAGAUGAAGGAGCUGAAGUCACUCAGUACCUUGUACUGCCAUACCCUGAUGAUGGUGGUCCUAUUGAUUCCCAAAUGUCCAACUCUCAGAUGUCCAGCUCCCGGCUUUCCAACAUGUCGGGUGAUGGAUUGGGAGAAGGGCCGACAUCCACCUGUGCAGACCAUCUUGAGCAGCAUGACCUGUCUAACCUGGAGGACAUGAUGGAGGUGGUGGUGGUUCAGCAGUUCAAGUGUAAGAUGUGUCCAUAUAAAAGCAUCUCGAAGGACAAUCUGAUCAAUCACAUGAAGGAUCGACAUCUCAACAUUGGUGGUUUCCUAUCUAAAAAGAGAGGGAGGGGACGGCCGAGGAAGCAAAAUGUGUCACCAAGACCAGAGGAAAAUAAGGCUCAGGAGCAAGAGCAAGAAGAGGAGGAUGAUGAUAUUGUGGAUGCUGGAGCCAUUGAUGAUCGAGAGGCUGACAGCGAUUAUAACCCAGCAGAAGAUGAGACACGUGGAAGGCAACCAAACUAUAAUCGUAAUGUCACAACUUCUACCAGUGACCGACCUCGGAGGCGUCCUGGGAGACCUCGCAAAGUUUUGCGGACGGAAGCAGCGUCUGGGAUCAAUGGAGCAGAGGUUGAGGCGCUUGUCACCUCCCAGUCUAACCCGAUGGACCUCCAGAGCUCUGAAGCAGCCAGCUCAACUGCACAAGAGAAUGGCGAUAUAUCAGCAGGCAAUGACAUCAUAGCGGAGUCUGGGAUCAGCCAAUCUGAUUCUGAGAACAAAGACCCAUCAUCAAAUACCAACGAGAUAUCUUACAAGCAUUCGAGAAGGCGUGGACGCCCACCCAAGCGAUUUGGCAGGAGGAAGUACAGAGGAUAUUUGGGGCGCAGGUACAAUUACUAUAGAUCCAGCAAGCCCCUGAUGAGGCCCCACCACUGUCGGAUCUGUGGCUCCCGUUUCCUGACACAGGAAGACUUGAGGUUUCACAUCGACUCACAUGAGGGAAAUGAUCCAGAACGCUUCAAGUGCCUGCAGUGCAGCUAUCGUUGCAAACGGUGGUCAUCACUGAAGGAGCAUAUGUUUAAUCAUGUGGGAACAAAACCGUACAAAUGUGAAGAAUGUGAUUAUACAAGUGUGUACAAGAAGGAUGUCCUCAGGCACUCCUCUAUUCACACUAAAGAGAGAAAGAAGAAAGCUGACCUGGUGCCCAAGGUGAAUUCUUAUCCUUGCCCCGUGUGCUAUCGAGUCUAUCCCAUGCAGAAAAGGCUAACACAGCACUUAAAGACACACAGCGCUGAAAAGCCUCAUAUGUGUGAUAAGUGUGGGAAAUCUUUUAAGAAGAGAUACACAUUCAAAAUGCAUCUGCUAACCCACAUUCAGGCUCUAGGAAACAGCAGAUUUAAAUGUGAAUUCUGUGACUAUGUCUGUGAGAACAAGAAGCUCCUCCUUAACCACCAGCUUUCGCAUACCACAGAUAAACCAUUUAAAUGUGACUUCUGCAAGUACUCCACCAUUAAAGAAGACUUUCUGGUUUCUCAUGUUGCCAUUAAACACACAGGUGAGAAGCCAUUCUCUUGUGAUCUCUGCCAUUUCAACACAAAACACAAGAAGAACUUGCGACUGCACGUUCAGUGCCGUCAUCAGGAGUAUUACGAUGAUUGGGCAAAAAUCCAUCCUGAAGAGCCACCACGCAGGCGUCGGCCUUUCUUCACUCUGCAGCAGAUAGAAGAGUUGAAGCAACAGCACGAGCAGAUGCAGUCUACGCAGGAAAGCAUACGAGACACCAUUAUACCCCUGACCUACCAGACGAUUCCAACAUCAAUGGUCAACCAGGAUUCUUUGGGAACUGCUACUAUCAUUUAUGAACAAGGUACAAGUGAAUCCUCAGAAAUCACAGCACAAAGUGCCCUGGACCUUCUACUGAACAUGAGUACGCCAAGGGAGCUGGUCACAAAUUCAUUACAGGUAGCAGUACUGAAAUCUGACAGUACAAUUCAGGAUCAGUCCUCCCAGGAAUCUCAAAACCGUGAGGAGGAGCAGUUGACCGUAUCGCCGCAACACAAAAUCGUCACGCUUCACGUGGGCGAACAUGGCGAGACUGUGGUCCAGGAAAUGUAUGAAACCACAACCAUAGAGGGCUCUGGAAUUCCACAAGUCACCAUCAACCCUUACAGCAAUGGAACAGAAUAUAAUAUUGUCACACCAGGAAGUGAGGAGAUGCAACAUGCCACCGCAGUUUACAGUGGCUCUGAUGGCAAUGGGGAUGUGGCUCACACUGUGGUCGUCAGUGGUGAUGAGUUAAAACAGCACCAUGGUCACUUCAUCAUGACAACAAAUGUGCAGGGGAACCAGUUUCAACAAAUUGAGUUUGCUGGCGACAUCGCAUCCCCACAAGUUGAUUCAAACCUGCAGUCAUCAUCAAUGAAGAAAUUUUCCUGUAAAAUAUGUACUGCGUCAUUCCAUGGCCGAGCAGAGAUGGAGAGUCACAAACGAGCACAUGCAGGGGAGCAGGGCUUCAAGUGUCUUGAUUGUAACUUUGCAGCCAAUACGUGGCCGGAAGUUCGAAAUCAUAUGCUGCAGCAUUCUAACCUGAGACCUCACAAAUGUAACCAGUGUAGUUUCGCAUCCAAGAACAAGAAGGAUCUUCGGCGGCACCUGCUGACACACACAAAUGAGAAGCCUUUUUCCUGUGAUAUUUGUGGACAGAGAUUUAAUCGAAAUGGCCACCUGAAGUUUCACAUUGAGCGACUGCACAGUUCUGACUCUCAACAGAAGCAGCCCCGACAGCAGCAUGUCAUUCUGAACAGUGAUGAUGAAGCAAUUGCUCUACAGACAGAUGAAACUGUUAUUUCACCAGACCGGUUCCAGGCAUUGGCCCCAGAACACAUCAUAGUAGCCCAGGAGCAGUCCAUUUCUGACCAGGAUGAGACAACGUAUAUCCAACACAUCACAUCUGAUGGACAGACUGUUCAACAUUUAGUUACAGCAGAUAACCAGGUGCAAUACAUCAUUUCACAGGAAGGUGUACAACACCUUGUUCCACAGGAGUAUGUUGUUGUCCCUGAAGGCCACCACAUUCAGGUGCAGGAUGGUCAAAUUCACCACAUACAGUACGAAUCAGAUCCACAGAUACACCAGGUCUUAGAAGGACAACAGAUCGCAGUGAGCCAUGAUGGACAGAUCCAAUAUGUGCCAAUCACUGAUCAGCAACUGGUGACACAAGCUGAGCUAGAAGCUGCUGCACAUUCCGCAGUGACAGCUGUAGCAGAUGCUGCCAUUGCUCAGGUCCAAGGAAUCUACACAACUGAGGCUACAGAAGAACAAAUACAGCAGCUUCAGCAACAGGCAAUCCAGUACGAGAUGGCUCAAGCUGAGGUCAUUGCAUACUCUGAAGAUUAAAACAAUGAAUGUGGCAACAGGAGAAGAUGACUUAAGCACUUUUCAAUUUUAGUAAGAGAUGGGGGGCAAUGAAGCCAAGAGACAAAUGACUAAUCCCCUUUCCCUGCCUUAUACUAUUUUUGGUUUGCUCCUUAGAGUAUCCUUAAUAUUUGCAUGCAAUGAACAGAUAAAAAGCCUAUUUGUACAUUUUGUUCCCUUGCCCCUUCCCUACCUUGUCAACAUGACUUUGGCCCAAUUAUUGACCAAUUUGCAAAUCAGUAAAGUUGGUACUGAAUCCUCAGAAAUGACCCCAAUUUGCAAAUCACCUUUUUGAUGGUUAUUAAAAGGUUUAGCACAAUGUUUAAUGUGGGCUGAUGAACCUGUGUGUAAAAAAGAAAAAAGUUAGGUUCCAGCUUUUGAGAAACAUUCUGUACACAGAUCUAUACAUGACUUAUAUUUAUGUGUGUGUAUAUAGAAUAUAUACAAAAAUAUUAUGUAUAGACUAUUGAAUUCCUGCAGGGUGAAUUAUAAGGCAAUGAUCUAGUUGAGGAAUUUAGUUGCUAGAUCAUUGCCUUAUUCAUCAUUGCCUCUUGUUUUCCAUUUUAAUAUAUAGCAGAUAUUGAAUUUUAAAAAAAAAAGUUGCUAAUGCAGCAUUCUAUUCUGUGACGUGGAAUUUGGUUUUCAAGAUGAAAGAACAGAAAAUGUUCUUGCUAUUUUGUCUUUUUUUUGUUUUAUAUGUGGGGAACCUGAAAUUAUACUGGAUCACGUGAUAGGACCUGUGAUAACUUUCCUGGGGAUGAAAUUCCCCUUCUGAAAAAUUUGCACUUAGUGCAUAUUGAAAUCAAGUUUAAAAUGUUUCAGGGAAACCUCCCUCUCCCACCAUUCCCUCCUGUCAUGCCCUCUAAUGGAUUGAUGUGUAGUGUACUGUCCAGUAUGAAAUUCAACCAUAAGGUCAGGAAACACCCAGCUGCUGCUGAGCUGGUUGACUUUAGCGCAUCAACUGGGCCAUUAAAUCUGGCCCCUUUUGUAGUGAUUAACAGUAAGAAAGCUUGGCACCAGUAAUGAAACCUACUUAGAAACCUCUAACAGGAAAAAGUUUAUAAGGGAGCCUUGUCACACUCUCUGGACACCUAAAUGAUGGGCCUGUUGAGAAUAAAGGUAAAAAAGCACAAGGAAGCUUGUGUAUUACAGCCUUGUAACAUGGGCUGAAAUAUCUUCUUGGACUGAAUGCUGAAGAAUUUUCACUGUUAAAAUAUCAGCCAUAGCUUGUGCCAUAUAGGUGAAUCCAAAGUGAAUCGAAGGAUAUAGUAAAACCAAUAUUGGUUGAUAUCUAUAGGUUUAUUUAAUUAAUAUUUCUCGGUUGCAUAAAUAAUCAUCCGUGUUAAUCAAUAAUGUUCACCUCAUUUAGCCUUCUUUGUAUACCAUCCACUUGGUUGCUUUCAUAAUGCUGGAGUCAAUAAUUCAUCACAACUUUCCAUUAGCCAAUAUUUGCAUUUGUUUCCCAUGAACACAUCCUGCUACUAUUGAAAAACUAAACUGUAUAUACAGUGAUGUACAUACAAUAAUUUAUUACAUAGGAUGAAAUAUUUUGCUUACCAACUGGACUAAAAUGAUUAUGGUUGACUCUUAUUACCUCAACUACACUGGAUUCUACUCUUGCUGACUUUGUCAAUUGUGGUUACUGUUUGUUUUCUAAGACCUUAUUCUUUUCAAUACAUUGUAUUCAUUUUA